CUUGUUGCAAUUGCGCACAAGGCAAACGAAGACGUGCAGACUUAACUUCUUACCGAGUUGACCACAACACCUUCCUCAAGGUUACAGCCUCUUCGUUCCUUCCAGGGGUAGAAGAGGUAGAAAUUCGAUUCAGCAUGCGUUUCUUCUCCAGAGAAUCCCCGUCUUGGGCGGUCCUCGCACUCUUUUUCGCGGCGUUCUCUCCGCAUAUCGCUCGCGCUGGAGACACCACCUCUACAAUGGUGCAGAGUGUUGAGUCUACGACGAGCGAAACUUCGAAAAGCGCGGAAAGCACCGUAUCUUCGAGUGCUACUUUUUCCACAUUGGAUUCGGUGGUAGCGUCAGGGGCACGCAGUACCAGCACGGCGCCACCGCAAACACACACUGUCGAGGUGGGCAAGGCCGACCACAAGUUCCGACCAGAUGUCGUGCAAGCGAACGUUGGGGAUAUUAUCGAGUUUGCCUUCUAUCCCGCGAACCACAGCGUCGUGCGCGCAGAGUAUAAGUAUCCAUGCAUUCCGUAUGAGAAGACGGAAGCUUCGAAACGAGGCUUUUUCUCGGGCUUCCAGCCUGUCGACAUCAUUCUCGACGAGCCCCCCAAAUACUCUAUCCGAGUCAACGAUACAUCGCCUAUUUUCUUCUACUGCUCCGCGCCAAAUUCAUGUAUAGGAUACGGCAUGGUCGGCGUAAUCAACCCAAACUCAUCUGUAUCCCUCACCACACAACGACAACUCGCACAGAACAGCUCCUACAUGCUUCAACCGGGCGAACCUUUCCCGAUAGAAGCUUCCUCAUCCACCCCGUCUUCAAUACCAAAUAGUGAUCGCAGCUCCACCGACCCCAACGUUACUCCCAGAUUGGGCAGCAAGCUAAGCGGUGGUGCUAUUGCCGGGGUAGUCAUGGGAUGCAUCGGCGUCGUAGUCCUCGCAGCCAUGCUAUUCUUCUUCUGGGGCAGACUCAAAGGGCUUCGAAACGAAGCGGACCGGAAAGCUAGCACGGUUGUCAGAAAUACAGAACCCCAAAGUCCAGUCUUCUACCCAUGGUCCGAAGCUCCUCAUCUCACUCCUCCACCUCUUUCCCUCCCUAUUCACCCCGAAAACCAUCCCGUUCCGCAGCGUAACUUGAGCAAUCUGGGUACUACGAGUCGAAGGCAAGUAGAAUUGGGAUUGGGUAUUCAUUUAUCCCCGAUGAUGUCGAGGAGUGAGGAAGCAGAUAUCGAAACGUCUCCGCAAUCUCAACAUACUACCCCAUAUGCAAGCCCUGGAUCUAGAGCAAACGAAUUUUUGAAUUUUGGUACUGGGAGAGCAAUUUCACCACCCCUACCUCUUCAACCGUCAUAUAACAAUGUUUCUCCAAUGGAGUAUCCUAACCCUAACCCUUACCCUUACCACCAAGCACAACCUCCUUCUCACCAUCAUCCUCAUCACAGCCCGAUCAACACUCACAAUCAUGGCUACCUCAGCGCUCAAUCUAACCCCCCAGUCUCCCCCCCUCCAAGCUACUUCCCGACGUUCAGCUCUAUGCCAUACUCAUCUUCGCCCUACAGCCAAAACCAAAGCAAUAGCAACAACAACGGUGAUAAUGACAUCGACACUGGAUUAUCGCCUCCCUACCACCUCUACCCGGACCGAAAAUCCCACAACAUCAACCGCGCGCUGUCAACGCGGUCGAACCGCAGUUUCGGCGGGAUUUUCGAUGUCAGUCCGCAGACGGGGACGUAUUCCCGUGUUGUUAGCAAUAACUUCAAUAGCAAUAGUAUGAUGAUUGGUGGUAUGCAGACUACGAAUGAAGAAACCAACGAAGACGACGACAGCGGCGGCGCCGACGAGGACGGAAUUUCAAAACAAGUCUCCGAGACAAACGUCAUAUCAGAGUACGAUGACGAUACAAACGAAGAGAUGGAGACGGGAGGAAGCCAUGAUCCUGCUGGGACAGCAGCGUUCAAGAUUCAUCCAUUGAGGAGAGAGGUAGACGAUGACAGUGCACUACAGCUACCGUCAGUAGCAGCGACAGCGACAGCGACAGCCGCGACUACAUCUUCCAGCUUGUCCAGUCCCUUUCAUUUCGACUACGUGUAUAAGAAUCCUGCAAGUGCGUCUGCUGGUACUACUACGACUAAUCCCGCGGCGAACGCUUCAUAUGAAGAGCAUGGGGAUAGCGAAGAUGAACACGACAAUGACGACGAUGAUGUUGUUGAUAUUGAGCACUCUAGGAUUCGAUUGGAUACCAUUUCUCCCACUGAUGCCUUUGCCUCGUUUGGAAACACUGGGGGAACUGGUACUAGUGCCGGUGCUGUCGGUGGCAGGAGCGGGAAUGGGAGCGCUGCGUUACAGAAGGUGGCGGCAGAGAAUCGUGCAAGGAUGAGGUGGGGGUAA